AAGCUAAGGCGGAUCACAGCGCUCAGGAGCUGCUCAGGCACAACCGGCAGAGUCUCUCCAGCGUUAGAGCCUUGUAUCGGGUGGAAAGUGCCUUUUUCUUUCUCCAAACCCCUUGUCUAGUGGACCUUCGAAAUGAUUGGCGUGAAUAGUGUUCAGAGUACCAGCAAGGUACGGGUGAGGACCUCUGGUUCUGUGAAAUAUUCCCGGGAGGAUUCUAUCCGGCGGCAGUCCCACCGGUCAAAGUCUAUGAAAAUUUCCAACUCCUCAGAGUUUUCUGCUAAGGAGACCAAGGCUCUGUACAACUCAAUCAAGAAUGAGAAGCUGGAAUGGGCAGUAGAUGACGAAGAGAAAAAAAAGUCCCCCUCAGAAGGCACUGAUGAGAAGGCCAAUGGAACACAUCCAAAGACCAUCAGUCGCAUUGGGAGCACGACCAACCCAUUCUUGGACAUUCCUCAUGACCCAAAUGCUGCUGUGUACAAAAGCGGAUUCUUGGCUCGGAAAAUCCAUGCAGAUAUGGAUGGAAAAAAGACUCCAAGAGGAAAGCGAGGAUGGAAAACCUUUUAUGCUGUCCUGAAGGGAACAGUUCUUUACUUACAAAAGGAUGAAUAUAAGCCAGAAAAGGCCUUGUCCGAGGAGGACUUGAAAAAUGCCGUGAGUGUGCAUCACGCCCUGGCAUCCAAGGCCACUGACUACGAGAAGAAGCCCAACGUCUUUAAGCUAAAAACUGCCGACUGGAGGGUCUUGCUGUUUCAAACUCAGAGUCCAGAGGAGAUGCAGGGGUGGAUAAGCAAAAUCAACUGUGUUGCAGCUGUCUUUUCUGCACCACCGUUUCCAGCAGCCAUUGGUUCUCAGAAGAAGUUUAGCCGCCCGCUUCUGCCUGCCACUACGACAAAAUUAUCUCAGGAGGAACAACUGAAAUCUCAUGAAGGCAAGCUGAAGCAGAUCACCACUGAGCUGGCUGAGCACCGCUCCUAUCCCCCUGACAAGAAAGUCAAGGCCAAGGAGGUCGACGAGUACAAGCUGAAAGACCACUAUCUGGAGUUUGAGAAAACCCGUUAUGAAAUUUACGUCGGCAUUCUGAAAGAAGGCGGCAGGGAGCUCCUGAGUCACGAUGAAAACGAGUCUGCGGGACUGAAGAAGUCUCACUCGAGUCCUUCAUUGAACCCGGAGUCAUCCCCAAUCACCGCCAAGGUCAAGCGUAAUGUGUCAGAGAGGAAGGACCACCGACCUGAAACACCAAGCAUUAAGCAAAAAGUUACUUAGGAUCCACUCUGCUGCCAGGAAGUGCUGGUCAUGGAGCAAAAUAGGGUUUUUCAAGAUAUUUCUGGUAAUCCGUGAAUAUAUUAAAAAAAAAAGUGUGUGACUAAAUGGUGCAUUAGUAACUUUUUAUAUUGUAUAUUUUUGUUAGUUUCUGUACAGGUUGUCUUCGCUCUUGAUUUCUUUGCUUUAAUGAUUUUUGCAAUUUGAUAACUAAUGCACCUUUUUUUGUGAGGGGGAGAAGAUCGUGAUUCCAGAAUGAAUUACGCAUCCCUUCUCCUUUGGUUUUUCUCGUUUGCACUCUGCUCAGUUGUUUUAUGUAUUCUCAAAUCCACUGUUAUAUUUUUUUUUAAAGGUUAAAAAUUUAAUCCAUUGUGUAACACUUAACUGGACAAACUUUGUAGUUUAGUAAAUUCUAGCCAGAGUUAAUAUAAGCCUUUAUAUGUGAAAUCUUGCCCAGUCACGGAGGUGAAGUUGAGUCCUCACAGAUGCUCAAGUGAGA